AUGCUUGUCGACAGCGCGGCGUCUGCGGGCACGUUUUUUCCUCUUUCCAUCUGGGCUUGGGGCGGCCGCGUUGACAAGGGUUUGCGCACACCGGGGAGACACAUGCCGCGUAGGGGCGUGCAGCGUUGGAGGGCGGCCCCGCGGAAGGGAUUUCGAGGGCCGGGGCGUGAGGCACCCGUGCACUGCGAGGGGGAUCGCGUGAGGCGGGCAGAAGUCCUCUUUCGGCGCCUCCGUUUCGCCAGAGGGGACCAGUGUGGCGUGCGGAAACCGCCCGGACCCUGUCGACCGAUGUUGGAUUGGCAGCCAAAUGUU